CUAAUGCGAUAAUCAAGCUCGGUUUAUUACGCUCCAAUGUAUACGAUACUUCACACGGUGGUCUCGUUAAGAACAUAAAAUAAAUUCAAAUACACCUAAUGCUGACAAAGUUUCUCGGUUAAAUAUCUCGCGUGUUUCGUGUGCCUUGAGUAAGAAGGAAGAUCAAGUGACGAAAAUGGACUAUAUGGAAAUUUACGAUUAUUAUUGGAACCAAAAUGCUGAUCCACGAACGAACGGCUUGCCUUUCGUUGGUUCGCCCAUUCUCAUCCCGCUUAUCCUAUUUUCAUACCUGUACUUCGUUUUAAAAUGUGGACCCGAGUACAUGAAGAACAAGAAACCGUACGAACUGAAAACCUACGUGAAAUUCUACAAUAUUUUUCAAAUAUUCGCCAACGUGUAUAUAAUACAACAAUUCAUCGAAGCUGGUUGGUUCAGUGAAAUAACGAUGUUUUGCGAGAUAUCGGAUUACUCUUACGAUCCUGGUCCCCUCAAGUUGUCCUUCACAAUGUGGGUUACGAUGAUGUUAAAAAUGAUCGAUCUGACUGAAACGGUCGUGUUCGUGCUGAGGAAAAAACAGAACCAGAUCACCGUUUUGCACGUGUACCAUCACGUGUCGACGUUGUUGCUAAUUUGGCUGUCAACGAAAUACAUUGCAGUUGCAAUGGCGUCGUUCACGGUCUUAGUGAAUUGUUUCAUCCACGUGAUCAUGUACACGUAUUAUUACUUGAGCACGUUUGGCGAGAAGACGCGGAGAGUGAUAAAUCCGUUCAAACCGUUGCUGACGAUAAUGCAAAUGGCACAGUUUAUCGUACUGAUUGUCCAAAACUCCAUAUCGUUGCUUCCAUAUUGCGAAGUGACAAAGAUACCAGCCACUGUAUUUAUAGUCAACUUGUCUAUAAAUUUCAUGCUAUUCUAUAACUUCUACCAAAAGAGCUACAAGUCUAAGCAGAAGAAGAGCUGAGCCACACCAAAACGUCUAGAAACAAUACGCCAAUUUUAUAAUAAUCACAGUUGGAAGAUCUGUACGAACAAUUGUUCUUGUUAAUAUUUAGUGCGAUUUUUUCCACGAUAGCAAUUAUCUUCGAUUAUCCGAUAACUAGAUUUAUAUUUAUAUAAAAUAAGCGAACUAUAAUUUAUUAUUCGACAAUGCAGGGUACACGAUCUGUACUAAAACGGUUGUUUACAAUAGUUUGUUAAUAAGAGACAAUUUUUUGUAAAUAAGGUAUGAAUAUUGAACGAAUCGAUAUGUAAAACGGAGGUUCUAUCGAAAGAAUACGAUCAAAGUCGUAAGCAAAUCAUCGUAUUCAAAUGAUAUGCGACACCAACGACUACCGUAUUCAAGCUUAUAAUAACUACAACAAUGAAACAAAAUUAUAUAUGCGAACGCAUCGAUGUUGACACGAAUUAAAAUUGAAUGCCCUGUCUCAUUUCUAUGGAUGCGAACUCUCUGACAUUUCAUCGUCGAUCGAAAUAACAAUAAGUAUAAUAGGAAAGUAAAAGAAACAAUAAAGAUGCAAUGCAAUUUACAACAGAAACGUAAAGAAUAUUUCAUUCUGAUUCCGGUUGAAGAGUAAACGUAAACACAGCGAAGUGUCGUUUAAAAUGGCAGUAAUUUUUCUACUUACGUACGUGGUUGCGACAGGUUUUGCUCC